AGGCGGUAUACAGUUAGUUAUUGGCCGUCAUUUCCUUUCGUGUCGCUUCGUUUACUCUUCAAAGUUUCGAUUCGCUCAGCCAUGAAACAUGGAGUGGCCUUUCGAAAAUUCUCGAGGACGUCCUCGCAUCGGAACUUAAUGCUGCGGAAUCUUGUAACCUCCCUCUUCGAACACGAGCAGAUUAGAACAACAUUAGCGAAGGCCAAAGACACCGCCAGAUUGGCAGAGAAGAUCAUUACGCUGGGAAAGAAGAACAACGAGACUUCGUAUCGCCAGGCUCAAGCAUUCCUCUUGAAACCUCCUGUCCUCCCUAAGCUCUUCACCACCUUCGCCGAGCGUUAUGCAGACCGGCCAGGGGGCUAUACGCGAAUUCAUAGGCUCGACAAUCGUACCGGAGACAAUGCACCUAUUGCCCUCCUAGAGCUUGUCGACAACCCCCGAGACUUCAAACUGGAGAUGACUGCACGAGCAGUAGGGCGGGAACUCUUGAACGAGAAGCUUCGGUGGGACUCGCCCCGCGGUGUUGUCAAUAGCGGUGUCGGACAUGCAGAAAUUGCUGUUGCAAAAGAGCUGAACUUGGGCGGAUUUGACAGUAGUGAACUGCGGCCAACGACGAGGCGUAAUCUUCAGAAAGUCGUGAAAUAUCGAGGUCAAGAGGCCUUAACAGAAAUAGGCUCCAAGGCAACAGCUUAUAUUGAAACUCUUCUGGCGAAGCCUAUCGCACAAGCCAAAAUGCAACUUCGAGCUGACUCUAAGGAGAAGGAGAAAGCUCGGAAACGAACAAACCCCAACUUUGUGGGUAACUUCCCAGUUUUGCCAGCCCGUGCAGGUGUUGCAGCACCGGGAGAGACUCAGUCUGCUAUGCGGCUCGUUCAAGGAGCACUCGGUCGUCCCCCUCGAUGGAAGAGUAGGCAUGCAUGAUAUCAUACCUCAUGCAUGUUUUAUUACAGUCCUAGUCCCUAAUUCAUGCAUAAUGUUCAAGCUCGAGUCACGCAUGACUUCUCGGCCUGCUUAUGGUCUGGUGCGUGCUCAUCAUGUGGGGCAUGAAUGUCGUACAAUGGUCUUCACACGACGGACAUGAGAUACACGAUGCAUACAGGUAUACCUGACGCAUCAGCCGCAUCUGUGAUAUUCUGAUCUUUCGCUCGCAUGGCAUCCAACCACGUACUUCGCGCAGCAUGUCAGCAUCCCGCUGUGUCCUUCGUGCCGUAUCUCCACCUGUAUUCCACCCGCACAUUCAUCUGCACAGCAAAUGAGGCGGGUGGAACCGGAGCGGAAUACUGCACGAUGGAAUCGGGAUGCCGGGAACGCAUGAGAAAAGCAAAUGUGGAGAGGCAGGUAAUCACACAAACAUGCAAGACCCGGUGUAUAUCCAGAGAGGUGGGUGAUCUUACAAACCGGGAUAGCUGCAUC